CGGAGCUCACCAACAACUUUUCUUCGAGAACCCCACGGGGAUUUGAUCACUACACAUCCUCUGCUAUUGAUGCUCUGACAGCGUCAUCAGCCUCAUAUAUUCUUUGUACUGUUACGUCACGUUUUUAUACACCAAUCGCCAGUAUGUCAACACAUACAGCAUCGCAGCGCUACCUGAGUACCCGCGGAGGGUCCUACGAUUUCUCUUUCGAGGAAGUCGUGCUCAAGGGUCUUGCCUCCGACGGCGGUCUCUUCAUCCCCGAAGAGAUCCCUACCCUUCCCGACGACUGGGCGUCCAAGUGGCAGAACCUGUCCUUUGAGGGUCUUGCAUAUGAGAUCUUCUCCCGCUACAUCUCCGCCUCCGAGAUCCCCACCGCCGACCUGAAAGACAUCAUCCACCGCAGCUAUUCCACAUUCCGCGCCAAGGACGUCACGCCGAUCGUCACACUCGACAACGAGAAGAACAUUCACCUGCUCGAGCUGUUCCACGGCCCUACGUUUGCCUUCAAGGAUGUUGCUCUCCAGUUUCUGGGAAAUCUCUUCGAAUACUUCCUAGUGCGCAGGAAUCAGAACAAGUCAGGCCGCGACAGGGAACACCUGACAGUCAUUGGCGCAACAAGUGGUGACACCGGCUCAGCUGCCAUCUACGGUCUGCGCGGCAAGAAGGAUGUCUCCGUUUUCAUCAUGCACCCUGAGGGCAAGGUCAGCCCUGUCCAGGAGGCUCAAAUGACUACUGUCCUCGACGCCAAUGUCCACAACUUGGCUGUCGACGGCACAUUCGACGACUGCCAGGACUUUGUCAAGGCUUUGUUCGCUGACCCCGAGAUCAACAAGACUCACCGCCUCGCUGCUGUCAACUCCAUCAACUGGGCGCGCAUCCUUGCCCAGAUCACAUACUACUUCCACGCCUACUUCACCCUCAUAAAGUCAGAUUCUUUCCUGCCCGCAUCCACCGUCCGCUUCGUCGUGCCCACGGGCAACUUCGGUGACAUCCUCGCCGGAUACUUCGCAAAGCGCAUGGGUCUGCCCGCCGAGAAGCUAGUCAUUGCGACAAAUGAGAACGAUAUCCUCCCCCGCUUCUGGGAGUCUGGAAGGUACGAAAAGCACAAAGUACACGGCAAGCAAGCUGAGGGCGGUCUGGUCGAAGACGGCGUCAAGGCGCACGAAGACGGUGUCAAGGAGACUCUCAGCCCGGCUAUGGACAUCCUUGUUUCGUCUAACUUCGAGCGUUUGCUCUGGUUCCUCGCCUACGACGUAUAUAGCACAUCAUCAGAUGCUAUUCAGCAGCGACGCAGCCAGGCCGGCGAUCACGUCCGCCAAUGGCUGAACGACCUCAAGACCAACGGCGGUUUCGCGGUCGAUUCGCAGAUCCUCCAGAAGGCUCAGUCCGACUUCGCUUCGUACCGUGUCAGCGACGAGGAGACUGUCGAGACCAUCAAGUACGUCUUCAAUGCCGGCCCGUCGAAGAGCUACGUUCUUGAUCCUCACUCCGCCAUCGGUAUCGCCGCGGCUCUUCGCUCCGCCGAGGUCGCAAAGCCUCCUUCCACACACCACAUCGCACUCGCGACAGCGCACCCUGCCAAGUUCGCAAACGCUGUCGAGUUGGCGCUUCCAGAGCAGAAAGAGUACUUCCAGGAGAAGGUCCUACCCGUUGAGUUCAAGGGGCUUGAGGACAAGCCCAGGAGAGUCAGCCAUGCCAAGAAGUCAGAAGGCUGGCAAGGCGUGCGCAAGAUCGUCGUGGCCGAGGUUGAGGCUGAGUUACAAGCUGCUGAACAGGGCCAGUAAAUGUUGAUAUGAUGACGAUUUGCAUGUGAUAGACGCGCUCCUGCAUAUUGGAUAUACCGUUACACCAGGAAAAUAUAGACUUUCUUCCGUCCGA